UGGUGUCUUUCUGUGUUGCACCAAGAGAACUACUUCACAAUGGCUUUCAAUGGACAUUAUGAGCUGCAGACCCAAGAAAACUUUGUACCAUUUAUGAAAGCUAUUGGACUCUCAGAUGAUUUGAUUGAGAAAGGGAAGGACAAAAAGAGCACUUCUGAAAUUGUCGAAACUGGAGACCACUUUAAGAUCACUGUCACAACGGGCAGCCGAGUGCUUAUUAAUGAGUUUACAAUUGGACAGGAGACAGAAGUAGAUUCUCCCACAGGAGAAAAGGUUAAGGCCGUAAUUAACCGUGAAGGGAACAAUAAACUUGUUGCCAAGAUAAAAAACAUUACCUCAGUUACAGAGGUCACUGGAGACCAACUAGUUAAUGCCAUGACUGUUGGAGACAUUGUCUACAAGAGAAUCAGCAAGCGCGUCAGUUAAAACCAUUGCAGAACACUUUAGGUAGCUAAUUGUAUAUCCUCGUAUUGUAUUAAAAUAAACGCUAUG